AUGAACACCAAGUCAGAUGAUCCAGUGACAGUGGUGUCUGUGCCAACAGACCAUGUCGAGAAAGCCGUCGUGACCGAGGAAGUCACUGCGCAGAAGGCCAUGGCGGCCUACGACCUCACCCCCAAACAACAGUAUCAACGCCUGUGGUUCAACCUCAAGAAGGACAAGCGAUAUGUCUUUUGGUCCCUGUACAUCAUGUCUCUCGUCUUCGGAUGGGGGUAUGACUCUGGUCUCUCAGGUGUGGCCAUCGCGUUCCCCGAGUUCCGCAAAGCCUACGGGGAGUACUAUCAGGCCGGUGACCAAUUCGUCAUCCCUGCUCUCUGGCAAUCUCUCUGGAACGCUGCCAGUACAAUUGGCCAGGUGUUGGGGGCCUUUCUCACGGGCCAGUUCGCAGACUACUUCGGCCGUAGACCUGUCUUGUGGGCCGCCGUGGUCUUGUCCAUCUCCUCCUCCUUUGCCCUCGUGUUUGCCCCGAGUUUGCCAGUCCUCUUCGUUUCCAAGCUUCUGCUCGGUCUUUCGGUCGGCCUUUCCACCGCCACUCCUCCGCUGUACGUGACUGAGAAUGCACCAGCUGCUCUACGAAGUUCUCUCAGCUCCUUGACCAAUGUGAUCAUUGUUCUGGGCUUCUUUCUUUCGUCCAUCACAGGAUGGGGAUCGUCAAAGAUCCACGGAGAGUGGAGCUACCGGUUGGCAUUUGUCAUGACGUUCCUGGUGCCAACACUUUUCGCAAUUGUACUUCCGUUUCUACCAGAGUCUCCUGUAUGGUAUGUCAAGAAAGGUAGAGACGAUGAUGCUAGAAAGGCCAUUGUCAAGUUGUACGGUAAGAAUGAGGACGUGGAGGAACGCUUGAACUUCAUCAAGUCCGAGCUAGAAGUGGCAGCUGGCGAAGCCAACAUGGCCAAGCAGACGAGCUGGAGAGCCAUCUUCUCCAAGGAACACCGCUCUAGAACUCUUGUUGCAGUACUCGGUCUGCAGUCGCAGAACUUUUCAGGCGGCUACUUUGCAAACACGUACCAGACUUACUACUUUGAACUCAUCGGACAGGCUGACCCCUUUGGUCUUACUGCCAUCUCAUCCACUCUGCAAUUCCUUUCCAACUGUGUUGCCGUCUCGAUUUCGGACGUCAUGCCUCGUCGAAAGUCCCUCAUCGGAGGCGGCACACUGCUAUGCUGCUGGUCCAUCAUCAUCGCCGGAACCUCCCUGGCCGGUACUGCGAAUAAGGCUGCCAAUACGGCUCUGCUGGCAUUUAUGAUUACGUGGUCGAUGCUCUACACUGCAACCGUUGGCUGCUUUGGCUGGGCCAUCGCACAAGAAACUGCCUCCCAGGCAACAAGACCGAAGACCAUUGCAUUCACCCUGGUCUGCCAGCAGCUCACCGCACUGAUGUUGUCGUCCGUGUUUCCAUUCUUCAUCAACCCCGACCAGCUGAACUGGGGAGGAAAGGUCAUGUUCUUGUUUGUCGCCGCCGAGAUUGUCGUCCUCGCGACUCUUUUCUGGUUCCAGCCUGAGACGAAGAACAGAACGUACAAUGACAUCGACUGCUUAUACGCACAGAAUGUCCCACCGAGGAAGUUUAGCGAGUACAUCGUUGACGAUGGAGUUGUCGUCUCUAAGGCCAGUCUCCAAGGCUAG